AUGGAAAUGUGUGAACGGAAUCCCUUAAAUCCAGGCUAUGUUGGUUCCCUGCUGAAUUUCGCGACCCCAGAAUCGCUUUACUUCUCCAAUCUCCGCGGCAAUGGGGCCCACAUACCGGCGCUGCAUCAGCUCUCUGCGUACGGCAGGAGAGAGGUGUGCGCGCACCCAUGGUCUCCAUCAAGUUCGUGUGCCGCGGCUCCUCCGACUCAGAGCCGCUCCUUUGGAGGCUUCUGCCCGCCGUUUACCAGCUCCACCGGCGGCCUCACCAAGGCGCAUCCGGAGGAGCGUGACGAGACUCAGUGCUUUCAAAAGACUGAUGAGGCUGGUAGACUAGAGGAAGCUGUAUACGCGUCGGAACACCGGAUCCGUGGGUUCUCAGAGUUGCAAACAAGGUCAAACUGCUCUGAGGCUCAGCUUAAUCCGGAAUCAUCAGCUCCUGUGAGCGACACCAAACAGGAGCAUAAACCCACUGAGGCAACAUCAAAUGAUCCAUGCUGCAGGACCACAUUUGGCCAAGGUGCUCCAUGGUGCCCCUCACACAUUAAAGCGCGUAAGAAGAGGAAGCCUUACACCAAACCCCAACUCACUGAACUUGAGAAUGAAUUUCUGCUCAACGAGUUCAUCAAUCGCCAGAGGCGAAAGGAACUGUCAGACAGACUUUCCCUGAGUGACCAGCAGGUGAAAAUCUGGUUCCAGAACCGCAGGAUGAAGAAGAAGCGCCUGAUGAUGCGGGAACACGCUUUCUACUGA